AUGGCGACGACGACUCCCUCUUCAGCCCCGGCAGCCGUCAAAGUGCUCGUCACAGGUCCGCCCACCAAGCUCAGCACCUACUUUAGCAAGCUCGCGACGCUGCAAGCCAAGCACUCGUUCGACCUCGUGCUCGCUCUCGACCUCUUCUCCGGCCUCCCAGACGAUGAUCUCGAUCUGGCGCAGUUGAUGGCUGGGGUGAUUGAGGUGCCCAAGGAUGUGCAACUGUAUGCGAUCAGUGGUGGGAAAGGAGCGGUGCCGAACAAGGUCAGGGAGGCCGUCAAGGGAGGCGGUCAGGUGACGGAGAGGCUGAGCUUUCUUGGUUAGUCGGUUGAAGCGGUUUGGCAUCGUGUCGGGUACGGCUGCGGAUUGGGUUCACUGAUCGUACUUGGAGCUGGCCAACAGGAAAGACGGGUGUGUUGACGCUGGCUUCGGGGCUGAGGCUCGCGACGUUCGCUGGCUCGUACGAGCCGGAACUGUUCAAGGCGACCGAGCAGGACCCGGAUGCAGACGUGCGUUAAUUGAGACCGAGCACGGAUAAGAGAUCGUACCAAAUACUGAUAUGCAAAACAACCAUAGCUCGUCGAUCCCUUGUCAGCGGCUCACUUCACCUCGACCGAUCUCGAAUCGUUGCGCUCGUUGCUCAGCCCGGCGCAACGACCCAACUCGUCCCUGCCUCCCAAACCGAUCCCAGCCCCCGACAUCCUCCUCACCACAUCCCUCCCCGCGUCCCUCCCUCUCCUCUCGGCCUUGGCUUUACCCGCGACGGCGAAGGGUCAGCCUUUUUCGUCAGAGUUGGACGAGGUCGUGAGGAUGUCCCGGCCGAGGUACCACUUCAUUGGUGGGACGGGCGUCUUUUGGGAGCGAGAACCUUUCCAGUGGAAUGAUGGGAGUAGGCAGGUGUGCAGGAGUAUCUGCUUAGGAGAGAUGGGUGCCAAGGGGAAGGAGAGGGUCAGUCAGCUUGGGGGCUGGGCUGGCUUGGAAUCUUUCAUUUGCAUCCUGGAACCGACGAGAACUGACACGGCUAGCCGUGCCCUACAGGCCUUCUACGCAUUCUCGAUCGUGCCUGGAGGACCUCCACCGAACCCUCUUCCCACGAGUAUGACCCCCUCACCGUAUUCCCUCGACUCGUCCCAGUCGAAACGAGGCACCAAACGACCGGCCGGAUCGCUCGAUCAGAACAACGGCACCAACGAGUACGGCGUGCCGAAUUACAUUUUCGGUGCUGGAGGCAAGAAUGGGAACAACAAGAGGGGGAGGAAUGGUGCCGACGGUGGGGAGCGAAGACCGCCACCGUGAGUAGUGCCAAGCUCCAAGCAAGGGUGUUCCGGAUGGAGCGACUCGGGAGCUCAUCUACCUGCCACGCAUACAUCUCGCGACUCACAGGGAGCAUUACACGUGCAACAUUUGCGAACAAAAGGGGCAUUGGAUUCAGGACUGCCCUGAAAAGGUCGAACGGGACGCUCAACGGGCUGCCGCGAGGGCCGGCGUGGGAGGAGGCUCGAAGAAGCCGAUCCAGCGUGAGUGCGGUUGUUUUUUUCAGCUCGCUUUGCGGUGAUUCGACAAGCUGAUGGUGGUUCAAAUUUACAGCGGACGAGUGCUGGUUCUGUCUGUCCAACCCGAAAGUGACGAAGCACCUUAUCGCUUCGAUCGGGAGCGAGACGUACUUGACCCUUCCCAAGGGGCAACUGUGUCCUACGGGACCGAAUGGCGAACCGAAUGAGAAGAGUCCUGUUCCUGGCGGGGGACAUGUGUUGAUCAUACCCGUGCGUAAGACUACUUUUGACUUCCGACUUUGCAAUGAGCUCACCUCUUCAACUGGUCCACCCUUCAGAUCGCGCAUUACCCGACCUUACUCUCGGUCCCUGCAGACCAAGCCGUCCCCAUCGUCGCCGAGAUCGAACGUUACAAGUCGGCGCUCAAGACUUGUUAUGCCGCGUUUGGAGCGAGUCCCGUCGCUUUCGAGGUCGGACGCUUAAGUGGCAAGGGAGGGCACGCGCAUAUUCAGGUGAGUAGGAGGCGAUCAAGGUCUUAUGGGCUUUGACUUGCGGCUGAGUAGCUGUCACCUCUCCUCCCUUGGCUUUAGAUUUGCCCGAUCCCGAAUGCCCUCCUCGACAAAGUCGAACAAGUCUUUAUCGACCAAGGCCAAAAACAAAACGUCAUUUUCAAAGAAGCCUCAUCCUCAUCCCUCUCCUCCGAAGGUUUGAAGAAACUCGGCAUCUCGGACAACUACUUCCGCGUCGAUUUACCGAACGGUAAAACGCUCGUGCAUUCGAUCGAACAAGGCGCGAGGUUCGGUUUACAGUUUGGGAGGGAGGCCUUGGCGGUUUUGAUGGAGUUGCCCGAAAGGGCGGAUUGGAAGGCUUGUUCCAAGAAUGAACAACUGGAGAAGAAGGAAUGUAUUGCUUUCAAAAAGGCGUUCAAGAACUUUGAUCCGAUGGAAUGA